AUGUUUACCGUAGAAGAAUUGGCCAGUUUUCAUGGAGUCAUACAGAACACACAAGAGUUUUUAGAGAUUGACUGCGGUUGCACGAAUCCCAGAUACGGUGACACACCUGGGAAAUUUAGAGCUUAUGUCGAUGGAAGACUUGAGAUUGAUUGCAAGUGCACGGAAGAUUGUCCGAGAGUUAAUUUAUCCCCAGUUGAGUUUGCUAGACAUGCUGGGAAAACCAACGCCCAUAACAACUGGAUGAGUCAGAUUUGGGUGUUUACUCGUGAUGGUCAUAAAGUUGCUCUAAGGCGGACUUGUUUAUUGAAGCAUUACAGACAUACUUUUCAGAGACCCUUACGUCAAGUAACUCAUCGAGAUGAGUUUGUACGUUGUUCUCGAUGUGACAAACAACGUAGAUUUAGCCUCCGAACUAGAGAGGCUUGCAGGAUCUACCAUUAUGCUCUUGUCGACAAUAAUUGGAAAUGUUCAGACAUACCAGACCACUCGUUAACGUGCGAUGAUGCAGAGGAGCGUGAAUCUCGAAAGGUAUGCAGAGGUUGUCCUAGAGCUCCAAGAUGUGAGGGUUGUGAGCAGUGUGUGUGUUUAGGUUGCGACAACUGUCGCUUUGAAGAUUGUCACUGUCAAACGUGCGUUGAAUACAUUAUGAACAUGUGA